AUGAGAAGAACGAUCGCCACCCACUGCAACCUGGCCGCCCUCCCCAUGCGCCGCGGCUUUGCCUCCGCUGUCCCUGCGGCACGCCGCCUCGAAGGCAAGGUGGCCAUCAUCACUGGCGCCGCCAACGGCAUCGGUCGCGAGGCCAGCCUCAUUUUUGCGCGCCAGGGCGCCAAGAUCGUGGCCGUCGACCUCGGCGAUGCGCGCGAGACCGUCGAGGGAGUGAAGGCCGAGGGCGGCGAGGCCGUGUACGUCAAGGCCGACGUGUCGAAGGCGGGCGACUGCGAGAACAUGGUGCAGGUGGCCGAGAAGACCUUCGGCAAGGUCAACAUCCUCUUCAACAACGCCGGCAUUAUGCACGGCGACGACAAUGGCGCCACCGACACCGAGGAGAAGAUCUGGGACCUCACCAUGAACGUCAACGCCAAGGGCGUGUUCUUCGGCUGCAAGUACGGCAUCCCCGCUCUCCGUCGGGCCGGCGGCGGUUCCAUCAUCAACACGGCCUCGUUCGUGGCCAUCCUCGGGGCUGCCACCUCGCAAAUCGCGUACACGGCGAGCAAGGGAGCCGUUCUUUCCAUGAGCAGGGAGCUGGCGGUGAUCCACGCCCGUGAAAACAUCCGCGUCAACGCGCUCUGCCCUGGUCCGCUCAAGACGGAGCUGUUGAUGUCCUUCCUCAACACCGACGAGAAGAAGCAGCGUCGCCUUGUCCACGUGCCAAUGGGCCGCUUCGGCGAGGCACAGGAAAUCGCCCAGAGUGCCCUCUUCCUGGCCUCCGACGAGUCGUCCUACAUCACGGGCUCCACCUUCCUUGUGGAUGGUGGCAUCACGGCCGCCUAUGUCACCCCCCAGUAG